ACACCCGGCCCUCCUCCCGCGGGCGCGGCACUGGCGGCGGGCGCGGGACGCUCGGUCGCGACAGGCGGCGAGGGCAGCCCGGGGCCUUCGGCAGCGGCGGCGCCGGCGAGCGCAGCGGCGGGAGUGGAGCCGGGGCAGCAUGGACACCGACCUGUACGACGAGUUUGGGAACUACAUCGGGCCCGAGUUGGACUCGGACGAUGACGACGACGAGCUGGGCCGAGAGGCCAAAGACCUGGACGAGCUGGAGGAUGAUGAUGAUGAUGAUGACAUGGGGGAGCACGACGAGGAGCACGCUGGGAUGGAGGUGGUGCUGCACGAGGACAAGAAGUACUACCCCACAGCAGAGGAGGUCUAUGGGCCUGAGGUGGAGACCAUCGUGCAGGAGGAGGACACACAGCCACUCACUGAGCCCAUUAUCAAACCUGUGAAAACCAAGAAGUUCUCCCUGAUGGAGCAGACACUGCCGGUCACUGUCUACGAGAUGGAUUUCCUGGCAGAUCUGAUGGACAACUCGGAGCUGAUCCGGAAUGUGACUCUGUGUGGGCACCUGCACCACGGCAAGACUUGUUUUGUUGACUGCCUGAUAGAGCAGACGCACCCGGAAAUCCGGAAGCGCGACGAUCAGGAUCUCUGCUACACUGAUAUAUUGUUCACAGAGCAGGAGAGGGGGGUGGGGAUCAAGAGCACCCCAGUGACAAUUGUUCUGCCGGACACCAAAGGAAAAUCUUUCCUCUUCAACAUCAUUGACACUCCAGGUCAUGUGAAUUUCUCUGACGAGGUGACAGCCGGCCUGCGCAUCUCGGACGGCGUCGUGCUCUUCAUCGACGCGGCCGAGGGGGUGAUGCUGAACACAGAGAGGCUGAUCAAGCACGCCGUGCAGGAGAGGCUGGCAGUGACUGUGUGCAUCAACAAGAUUGACAGACUCAUCCUGGAGCUGAAACUGCCCCCCACAGAUGCUUACUACAAGCUCAGACACAUUGUAGAUGAAGUUAAUGGUCUGAUCAGCAUGUAUUCCACCGAUGAGAACCUCGUGCUGUCUCCCCUUCUGGGGAACGUGUGCUUCUCCAGCUCUCAGUACAGCAUCUGCUUCACACUGGGGUCUUUUGCAAAGAUUUAUGCAGACACAUAUGGAGACAUCAAUUACCAGGAGUUUGCAAAGCGGCUUUGGGGCGACAUCUACUUCAACCCGAAGACCCGCAAGUUCACCAAGAAGGCCCCAACGAGCAGCUCCCAGCGCAGCUUCGUGGAGUUCAUUCUGGAGCCCCUGUACAAGAUCUUGGCUCAGGUGGUGGGGGAUGUGGACACAACCCUGCCCAGGACUCUGGAUGAGCUUGGCAUCCACCUGACCAAAGAGGAGUUGAAACUGAACAUCCGGCCCCUGCUGCGACUCGUCUGCAAGAAAUUCUUUGGGGAGUUCACAGGCUUUGUGGACAUGUGUGUGCAGCACAUUCCCUCCCCAAAAGUGGGGGCCAAGACAAAAAUUGAGCACACCUACACCGGCGGUGUCGACUCCGACCUGGGGGAGGCCAUGAGCGAGUGCGACCCUGACGGUCCCUUGAUGUGUCACACAACCAAAAUGUACAGCACUGAUGAUGGUGUCCAGUUCCACGCCUUUGGCAGGGUGCUCAGUGGCACCAUCCAUGCUGGGCAGCCUGUGAAGGUCCUUGGGGAGAACUACACCCUGGAAGAUGAGGAGGAUUCCCAGAUCUGCACCGUUGGACGCCUCUGGAUCUCAGUUGCAAGGUAUCACAUUGAGGUGAACAGAGUUCCUGCUGGCAACUGGGUGCUGAUUGAGGGCGUGGACCAGCCCAUAGUGAAGACAGCAACUGUGACAGAGCCUCGGGGCAAUGAGGAGGCUCAGAUCUUCCGUCCCUUGAAGUUCAACACCACAUCUGUUAUCAAAAUAGCUGUGGAGCCAGUCAACCCCUCAGAGCUCCCCAAAAUGUUGGAUGGUCUCCGCAAAGUCAACAAGAGCUACCCCUCACUUACAACUAAGGUGGAAGAGUCUGGGGAACAUGUGAUCCUGGGAACAGGAGAGCUGUACCUGGACUGUGUGAUGCACGACCUGCGGAAGAUGUACUCCGAGAUCGACAUCAAGGUGGCUGAUCCAGUGGUGACAUUCUGUGAGACAGUGGUGGAAACAUCCUCCCUGAAGUGCUUUGCUGAGACACCCAACAAGAAGAACAAGAUCACAAUGAUUGCUGAGCCCCUGGAGAAGGGACUGGCAGAGGACAUUGAGAAUGAAGUGGUGCAGAUAACGUGGAACAGAAAGAAGCUGGGUGAAUUCUUCCAGACCAAAUACGACUGGGAUUUGCUGGCUGCCCGUUCCAUCUGGGCCUUUGGGCCAGAUGCCACUGGCCCAAACAUCCUGGUAGAUGACACACUGCCCUCAGAGGUGGACAAGUCUCUGUUGGGUUCAGUGAAGGACAGCAUCGUGCAGGGCUUCCAAUGGGGGACCAGGGAAGGACCCCUCUGUGAUGAAUUGAUCCGCAAUGUGAAGUUCAAGAUCCUGGAUGCAGUGAUUGCUCAGGAGCCCUUGCACAGGGGUGGAGGGCAGAUCAUCCCCACGGCCCGCAGGGUGGUGUACUCUGCCUUCCUCAUGGCCACCCCUCGCCUGAUGGAGCCCUACUACUUCGUGGAGGUCCAGGCCCCUGCUGACUGUGUGUCUGCCGUGUACACGGUGCUGGCCCGGCGCAGAGGCCACGUGACCCAGGAUGCUCCAAUCCCAGGCUCUCCCCUCUACACCAUCAAAGCCUUCAUCCCAGCCAUUGAUUCCUUUGGCUUUGAGACAGACUUGAGGACCCACACGCAGGGACAAGCCUUCUCUCUCUCUGUCUUCCACCACUGGCAGAUUGUGCCUGGGGACCCCUUGGACAAGAGCAUCGUCAUCCGGCCGCUGGAGCCGCAGCCAGCCCCACACCUGGCCAGGGAGUUCAUGAUCAAGACCAGGCGUAGGAAGGGCCUGAGUGAGGACGUGAGCAUCAGCAAGUUCUUCGACGACCCCAUGUUGCUGGAACUGGCCAAGCAGGACGUCGUUCUCAACUACCCCAUGUAACCCUGCUGCCCUGGCAUGGGGGCUGACCCGAGCCCUGGCUGGCACCUGCUGGUUCUUCCCCAUCCCUGCUUGCUCAGCCCUGCUCCUGGAGGCUCAGGGCAGGCAGGGAGCUGCUCCUCAGGUCACUUCCAUGGCUGUAGGAGUCUCCAUGGACCAAUUGUGGGCAUUUCCAUACGGGGAGCAGCCCAGAGCCAGAGCCCUGAUCCAUUUUGUAUUGUUGGUCUCCUGUUGCCUCCAGGGAGGUUUUCCUUUUGGAUGGGCUCCUCCAGCUCACAGAGCUGAGCAGUGUCAGUGUAGAUUCCUGAGGACUGGGCCUCAACUGUGUCGAGCAUUUCAGGCAGCUGAGAAAGGGGGGAUGCUGGUGGGGCAGUGCUUUACCAGCCUCCCCAGGAGGAGGAAUGUGGCUUUGACCUUUCUGUAUCCCUUUUUUUGAACCCUUUUAAACGUUUACUACAAAC